GAGGGACGGCGCUCUGCCCUGCCUACUGGCUUCUCAGGGGCGGCCUCCGCGCCCGCCCGCCUCCUGUCGGCCGCCGGGGUGUCCCGGGCCCGCCUCAGCCCGCCCUGGGGAGGGCUUUGCCCGCGGCCUCCCGGCCGCGCCGCGCUGCCGCACGUCCGCGAAGGCUGCUGCUCCGCCUCGCCGUGGCCCCGCCGUUGCCCCGUGGCGGGUCGGAGGGUAGUGCACAGAACACAAGAAUAAUCUGAAUAGAGGUUAAGAUCAUGGCAGCACGCUGGAGAAGAAUCCUGAUAAUAUUUGCGGCAGCUCAAGUACUAUUUGUGGUAAAUACCUUUGAGGAAGAGGAUGUUCCUGAAGAAUGGAUUCUUCUUCAUGUUGUUCAAGGUCAGAUCGGAGCAGGAAAUUACAGCUAUUUGAGACUAAAUCACGAGGGAAAGAUAGUACUUCAGAUGCAGAGUUUAAAAGGUGAUGCAGACUUGUAUGUAUCUGACGUGACGCUUCACCCCAGCUUUGACGAAUAUGAGUUACAGUCUGUAACUUGCGGCCAAGAUGUUGUCCACGUCCCUGCGCACUUCCGCCGCCCCGUGGGAAUAGGGAUUUACGGUCACCCCUCUCACCUGGAGAGCGAGUUUGAAAUGAAAGUGUAUUAUGAUCGAACAGUUGUACAGUAUCCAUUUGGUGAGGCUUCCUACAACCCUGAGGAGAUGGAGGCAAACCAGAAGUACUCACACUCUACAGAAGAUGAAUCUCAGGAUGAGGAGUCUGUUUUCUGGACUAUACUUAUUGGAAUCUUGAAAUUAGUACUUGAAAUUCUUUUUUAAAAUUGACAUACACUGGACUAAAUCACACUUCAGCCUGUGAAAUUGAACAUGAAUGACUUGCUGUAAUAUUUGUUGUUUCCUGAAGAGGUAUUCAGGUUACUUUUCCUACACCAUAAAGGAAGUGGGGGGAAAAAGCCAUAUUUAAUUUUAUAUUGUAAAUCCCUCCACUAUAUGUACAAUGAGUACUUGCAGUGUUCUUUGAAGAUCAAAGGCUUAAAAUGAAUGUACAGUUGGGAUCUCGUUAAAUUAACUUUAAACAGGUGCUUAGGAAAAUCAACUCCAAUUCAGUAUUUUCUAUCCUUUUUUUAUAAAGAAAAUAACAAACUGCUGCACUUCAGUGUUGCCUCUCAAGAGCAUAUUGAAAAUUAUUCCUUUUCUAAACAAGCAUCUCCAGUAAAACUAAUUAGCAAUGGCUUUUGUAUAUAUCCAAGUUGAGGAGCCUAGUGUAAAGGAAGGAAAAACCAAUCAAUCACCUAAGGGGAUAGAUGAUCUAUAUUUUGACUGCUUAUGUUCUACAUCAAGUCAACCAUCUGUCAGGCAGAGGUCUGUCCAGUCACUCAUCACCUCUUCAAAUCCAUGACCUGAAAUUAAGUGCAUGCUACUUCUUUACUGUUACUGCUGGGAGAGUGAGCCUUCAGCUGUUGUUACUUGUCAAUAUGACAUUUUCAUUCUUCGUUAAAAGCAACACAGCUAUAGUAUCUUGAACUUGAGGGGUGUUUUCUUAUACCUCCCUUUAUAGCUUUUUGUGAUUUAUUUUUUUUUAAUACAUCUUUAUGAAUGUCAUUGGCUUGCAAAGAAAAUUUGCUGAAAGGAAUUCAGAGUACAUCAUAAGAUCAGGUCACAUCCACUCUUCCUUGAAAGUUAGUUAUUCCAGGAGUACUUUUUGCUUUGGUUGAGUCUUUUAAAAGAACCAGUUGCUAUGCAAAUAGUGUGGAUUUAAAUUGCUCUAUUUCGUCUUUUCACAGAGCUUACUGAUGAGUGCACUGAAAUAAACAAGUACAUUACUAUAAUUUUAUAGAAAGGGUCCAUGUACAAUUUAGAUUUCAUUACUGAAAGCCUUCUCUUUUUAAGUGAGAAUUUGGCUUGUCUGUCUCUGUCUAGACAUUUUACAGGACAUGAUUAGUCACUUGUAUCACAAAAAAAUCAUAUAGCCAAAAUUAAAAGUUUAUUUGGUAAAAAGAAAAGUGGUAUUGUUCCUCUUAAGAGUGGUUGGUUAAAUAGCACCAAAGUAUCACUUUGAUUUGUGCAGUUAAGUUUUGAACAGCAAAUUGUUUGGGGUUUUUUAGCCCUCCUUGCUGUUCUUCCCCCUUCUUCCUCCUCUUCUGGGUACAGGAGGGUCUUUCUGACAACAAUCACAAAUCCAGCGACCUAAGAAAAGAAAGUUAUCAAUUAUUGGGAAACUACCUUUGUUACUCAUCCAGUUAUGCACCUUUCACCAUUCUAAUAUGUGCUUAUCUAUUUGCAGUACUUCCUUUAAUGUAAACAACCAGUGCUUUUCUUUCAAAUGAAAGCAUAUUUUCUAAAAGGUAUAGAAAGCAGCAUGUAAAAUUCAUCCUCCAUUACAGACUCAUUACAUGUCACAGCUGCCUACGCUGGUAUUUAUGGACCUCAAGAAGUGCCAGCACUGCUAAGGAGGUGGUUAUUAGGAAAGAACUUGACAACUGCUGAGUUUGCAAGUUGUAUUUUCGUGUGAAUGACCACGGUUUGAGGUUAUGGGCAGUUAGAGUAGAAGCAAACAGCAGUUGGGAAAUGUUUGCUUUUCUGCCACAGGUACAGGGUCCCAUUCCCCAAACCAGGGUCAGUUAUUUCAGUGCAGUCAGGCAGCAUGGAUUAAACUGCUAGCAGGGGUUCAUCACCAAGCUUGGGCUAAACUUAUUUAUCAAGGGAACAAAUAAAGGGUUGAACAAACAACAGAAGCAUUUAACUGUUUAUAUUACAACAGCUGGAAUCAUAAAGGCUGCUUUGGUAAUUUUACAGUUUUGUAGGCUUAUGAUCCAUUUUGUUUAGAUUCUGUCCUUAGGUCAGCGUGAAAGUUAAGUCAGCCACAGAACCACCCGUGCUUCCCAAAAUGGGAAUGGACAGUGCAUUUGAAGUGCUGUAGUUACAGGCAAUACUGUCACUUUAGAACUUGCAGCCACUGAAUGCUUAUUCAUGAACUAACUCACCACAGGUUUAGUAUUACAUGACAAACAACAGUACUACCAGUUUUUUUCUUGACACUGCCUUGAGUUGGCCAGCUGGUAAGAGUGACCAUGUAAUUUAAAGGUACAGGCUGCCUAGCAUCUAUGUACUUAACUUCCAGCUUUGAUGUUUAAGAAAAACUUAGGAAGGAAGGGAUUUAAAUAGGUGUUUACAAAUAUUGAGCAUAUUUUUAAAUUUAGAAACUGAAAUAACAGCACAAACACUUUAUUAAUGUGAAAGCUACAUCCAGCAAUAUGCAGCAAUACAGCCUCUUUACAGGUUUCUUUUAAGGGAACAGGUAAUUAUUCUCAGUAUUCUGUGGAUAUGGGAAAAAAAACACCUAGUUCUGAGAGAGUCUGUUCAGAUUAUGCUGUAAAAGCCAAUUAUAUUUCCUAUACAGGAAUUGCCAGGUUAAACUGUGCACAACCAAAUAUACAGAAAUAAAGCUUAUUAAAAAGA